CUGUGUUCAAUCUACGGCAGAUCUUCCAGUUGUUUCCUUGAACUUGGUUCAGAGAAGGAGAGGGUUGCUCUCAGUGUCUGUGCUCGUGGCUCUGGGGAAGCAAGCCGGGGGACAAUGAAGCAGCUGAUUUGCUUCCUGCUUUUAUUCUUUGUUCCUGAAAUGCGAAGCUUUGAUCUUGUCAUCGAAGAAAUCCCAGAUGAGCUGUUUAACCUGGAGGUUGAUGGAUUUCUGUCUAAGCCCGUGACUAGACAUGGCCGUUACCAGAGGAGCACAUUAAAUGAUGAGGACUCUGGAGAGUCGGUAGAGGGCGACGACAAGAUAAGUAUUUAUAGCUACAAAGUUCGGUCCACCAUAACGUCCCGUUUGGUCAACACCAUGAUCCAAAGCAAAGUGGAAAAUAAAGCUAAGCAUUCCCAAAAUUUGGUGUUUGAUGUGCAGAUUCCCAAAGGAGCCUUCAUUCACAACUUUACUAUGAACAUAAAUGGAAUAACGUUUACUAGUUCUAUUAGAGAAAGAUCUGCAGCCAGACAACAAUACGCUCAGGCCAGGGCCAAGGGCAAAGCUGCUGGAAUAGUAAGGAGCAGCGCCCUUGACACAGAAAACUUCAAAGCUGAACUGAACGUGCCCGGAGGAAUGAAAGUCCAGUUUGAAAUUCAUUACCAAGAAGCAAUUAGGAGGAAACUGGGAUCGUAUGAGUAUAUUAUCCCUCUGCAGCCUGGAAGACUAGCAAAGCAUCUAGAGGUGGACGUCCGCAUUAUUGAGCCUCAGGGACUUCGUUACGUGCAUGUUCCUAACUCGCUAGGAGAUCACUUCGCAGGAAUCACCACUAUCUCUAAGGGAGAGAAAAAGGCCCAUGUGUCCUUCAAACCAACAGUGGCUCAGCAACGAAAAUGCCCCACUUGUUCUGCUACAGCUGUAGAUGGGAAUUUUGUGGUCAUGUACGAUGUGCAAAGAGAACCCAAAGCUGGAGAACUAGAAAUUUUUAAUGGCUAUUUCAUUCACUACUUUGCUCCUGAGAAUCUGGACCCACUGCCCAAAAACAUUUUAUUUGUUAUCGAUGUCAGUGGCUCCAUGUGGGGAUUGAAAAUGAAACAAACAGUUGAGGCAAUGAAAACCAUAUUGGGUGAUCUCCGCCCUGAGGACCAGUUUUCUAUUGUUGACUUCAACCACAAUGUUCGCUCCUGGAGAGAUGAUUUAGUUGCAGCCACCCCGUCGCAGACAGAGGAUGCUAAGAAGUACAUCCAGGAGAUUCAUCCCACCGGGGGCACAAACAUCAACGAAGCUCUUCUUCGAGCAAUAUUCAUUCUAAAGGAAGCCAGCAACUUGAAAAUGUUGGACCCUAACUCUGUCUCCAUGAUAGUAUUGGUGUCAGAUGGCGACCCUACGGUAGGUGAGCUGAAGUUGACUACGAUCCAGAAGAACGUGAAACAGAACAUACCGGAAGAUGUCUCUUUGUUCUCUCUUGGGAUUGGAUUUGAUGUAGACUAUGAUUUCCUGGAGAGGCUUGCUCAUGAAAACCAUGGAAUGGCACAGAGGAUUUUUGGAAGUCAGGAGACUUCUUCCCAAAUGAAGAAAUUCUACAACCAAGUCUCCACCCCUCUCCUCAAGAAAGUGGAAAUCAACUAUCCUCAGGGAUCGGUGUCAGACGUCACCCAGAACAGUUUCCAUAACUACUUCGGAGGGUCGGAGAUUGUGGUGGCAGGGAAGGUUGACUCCAACAACGUGCAGCACCUGCAGAGUCUUAUCACAGCCACGGCAGCGAACGCUGAGAUAGUCCUGGAGACCCUGGCGGAUGUGGAGGGGCUGGAUGAAUUCCUGAAGAAAGAGGAACAUGCCGACCCCAAAUUCACGGAGAAGCUGUGGGCCUACCUGACCAUCAACCAGCUGAUGGCGGAGAGAAACCUGGCCCCCACUGCUGCUUUGAAAAGGAACAUCACCAGAUCAAUCUUACAGAUGUCACUUGACCACCAUAUCGUGACCCCUUUCACAGCCAUGCUGAUAGAGAAUCCUGAAGGAGAUGAGAGAAUGCUGGCAGAUUCGCCAAAAGACCAGAAAAGAGGCUGCUGCUCAGGUACAUUAAGUGUAGCCCCCAAUAACCUGGAUAAGUCCAUCCCUUCGUGGGCGAAACCUACCCCUACGUCCGAGCGUCUAUUAAGUGCUCGCCAGGCUCCAACUAUGUCUGCUAUUAAACAGCACAUAAACACAGUUGACAACGACCCACAUUUCAUCAUCUAUCUGCAAAAAAGCCAGGAGAACAUCUGCUUCAAUAUAGACUCAGAGCCUGGGGACAUCCUGAACUUGGUUUCCGAUCCUGAGUCCGGGGUUCUGGUCAAUGGGCAGCUCAUUGGGGCCAAGAAGCGCGAAGAUAAAAAACUGGCCACCUAUUUUGGCAAAAUUGGGUUCUAUUUCAAACACAAAGGCUUGAAAGUAGAGAUCAGCACAGAGACCAUUACCUUGAAAGAUGGAUCUUACAGCACCGGGCUGUCCUGGUCCGACACAGGAAGCAUCAUUCGGAAAAGGCUGCUUGUGUCUGUGAAGAAGGACAGCAGUGUCACUAUCACUGUGGACACAGAAAUAUCCUUCUUGGUUUUGCUUCACCGUGUGUGGAAGAAUCACCCGGUCAACGUCGAUUUCCUGGGGAUCUAUAUUCCUCCAACAAACUGGUUCUCAUCCAGCGCACAUGGGCUGAUAGGCCAAUUCAUGUCUGAACCAGAAGUACGGAUCUACAAUGAAAGGCCCGGUCGAGAUCCAAAGAAACCAGAAGCAACUAUGGAAGUGAAAGGUCACAAACUUACCGUCACCAGCGGGUUGCAGAAGGACUACAGGACAGACCAAGUGUUUGGAACCAAUGUGCAUUGCUGGUUUGUACACAACAGUGGCAAGGGCUUCAUUGAUGGCCACUAUAAAGAUUAUAUUGUCCCCCACCUCUACCGCUUUCUGAGGAACCCCUGAAAGGUCACAUGUCUUUUUUUCCGACCCUCCACCCCAGAUUCCUAGCUGUUGUCGGUGUAACAAAACAGACCAAUGUAAUGAAAGGUGGCUAGCUGGUCUCUAACAGAAGGGGCCGUUGUCCAAUGAAAGAUGAGUGUUUCAAACUGAAGUAUGAUGUGGUAAAACACAGCAGGUAGCUUUCCUCUAUGCAAUGAAUAUAGACGUGUUUACAAGUUUAUUAAAAUAAAGCUACAUUGUUGGAAUCC